AUGGCAUCAUUAGAUGAUGAGUUAGAUUCACUAUUGAGCAGUAUCUCUCAUGAUGAGACACCGAUUGACUCUGAAAGAUUGAGUUCUAUCUCAAACUUUUUAACAACUGGUGCUCAGAAUCAAUCUCAUACACAACAGCAGCAGCAGCAACAACCACAACCACAAUCACAACAACAGCAACAGCAUGGUCAUCCACAACAACAGCAACAGCAACAUGGUCAUACACAACAACCAACUCAACAGCAAUAUGUUCAACAGCAAACACAACCAAUUCAGAAUAUACAAAAUAAACCACCACCACAAACUCAACAGCAGCAACAACAACAUGGACAUCCACAACAACAACAACAACAACAACAUGGUCAUCCAAUUCCACAACAACAACAAGUUAGACAAACCUCUCCUUUACAGCAACAACAACAGAGAAUGAUGACACAACAAGGAGGUGUUGCACAUCCUCAGCAAAUGAUGGGUGCUAAACCAAUGGUACAACAACAAACGACAUCACCACAAUCGACUGCACCUACAACCUCUAUGUAUAGCAUGGGAGCCAAACCAGCACCACAAAUGACAAUGCAACAACAUAUGAAACCACAAGCUACACAACCAAUGAACAAACCACCUGGUCAACAACAACCGAUGAUGUCGACAAACCCACAACAACAGACAGCCACUGGACGUCCAGUCACCAUUAACAUCAAUCAAGUCAACACUUCGACACCGACAGCAAUCACAUCGUCUACAACCAUCGGACCAAAUACAGGAUAUCAACAAUCACAACAAGCAUCACAGCAACAGCAACAGCAACAGAGACCUAUGGUACAGCAACCCGGUGGUAUGCCACAAUAUAAAACAGUGGCUGGACAGCAGCAACCACAACAGAUGUCGAUGCAAGGAGGACAGAUGAAACCGAUGCCAAUGAUGGGUGCUAAACCAAUGGGACAGCAACAACAACAACAACCACCAUCUCAACAGCAGAAUUCGAUGCAAGUACAACGACCAAUGGUAACAUCUCCAAUGGGUCAAAUUCAUCAUCAAAAUAUGGCACAGCAACAACAACCACAACCACAACAACAAAGUCAACCUCAACAAACUCAAUUGCAUACACAACAACAGACUACAAUUCCACAACAACAACAACAACAACAGAAUACUAUGGUAACACAACAACCUCAGCAACAACAAUCUCAACAACCAAUGGCACAGAUUCAUCAUCAGAAUAUGUCUCAGCAACAUUCGCAACAGCAAUCAUCGCAACCUCAGCAACAACAAUCAAUUACACAACAAACUCAGCAUACACAACAAGCUCAACAUACACAACAAAGUCAACCUCAGCAGCAGCAGCAAUCACAACAACCAAAUCAACCACAACCACCACAAGCAAAAUCAAAUCAUCUUCAAAUUCAAAAUCAAGUACAAAACCAUUUCAAUGCUUUGGCACUUGCCUAUAGAAAUCAUGUAUUGGCAAAGGAUGUACUGAUGCAUCAUUUGGUGUUACUGUUUGGCAAAGACAAUGCAGAGACCUACAGCACCAAGAUUGAUAAUAUUGAUCCAACCAAAGUACCGACUUUACCUCCAGAUUUCAACAUUACAACAAUACUAGAUAAAACUCCACACCUCGUUGAGAUGACCAAUCAAUUCAAGAGAGCGUCACAAGCACAGAAUACUCCACAGGGUGGAGCAGCUGGACAACACCCACAGCACCCGAAUCAAGCAGGUGGACAACCGCAUCCGAAUCAACAGCAAUCACAACAAUCGCAGCAACACCAACAGCAACAACAUCCACACCAACAAAAUGCACAGUCAGCAAACAACAAUCAGACACAAUCGAAUCAAUCUUCAUCAACAUCAUCACAAAUCGGUACUCCACCAACAGUAUCUACACCGCCAACUUCAAUGUCAGGUGCAUCCGGUAGCAUUGCCAAUCAAUCGGCAACAACAGGAUCGGCAUCACAACAAUCGGCUGCUUCGAAAGCAUCGCUAAACUCUUUGAGAACACUCGGAGUGACACCAACCACCGUAACCAAUGGAGUGCAUCCAACACCACCCAUUCAAAAGGAGAAGCCAAAGAAAACCACAGAGAAAAAGAAAAAAGACGAAGAAAAAGAAAAGAAGGAAAAGGAAAAGGAAAAAGAAAAAGAAGAAAAGAUGGAGGAUGACAAGCAGUCAAUCAAAGAACUCAACGAUGUCACAAGAAUUGCAAACAUCGAUAUGCGUAAUGAGAGUGAUCAAUUCUUGCCAGAGGCUGGUGCAGACGAAGAGAUCACCUAUGUCACAGAGAUCGAACCAUUAUUCUUAAAUUCACAACCUCUGAAAAAGAAGAUAUCAUCAAUUGCAUCUAAAGCAGGUAUUAGAAUUGUUGAAGAGGAUAUAUAUGAAUAUUUAUCAUUGGCAACUCAAGAUUAUAUGAGAAAUGUAUUUGAAUAUCUUAUCAAGGCGUCGCAACAGCGUGUUGAGAUUCACAAGGAAGAUCUACCAUUCACAGUGACAUCGGAUCAAAAGAAAAAGCUGUUGCUCAUCGAAAAGCGUGAGAGAGACGAAAAGAUCAGAAGAGACAAUGAGGAGACCGAGAGAUUGUUGAAAGAGGCUAAGCAGCUGGAGGCUGCCAUGAAGAAGAAACAAGACGACAAAUCAACCGCUGCCAUGAGAGAGAAGUUCAGUAGAGUGCGUCAGGAAGAGGAGGAAAAGAUUCGUACCAAUGCCGCCAACAUGACUGCGUUGGCUGCCGUAGGAAAUAUCGGUAAGAAAAAGUCGGUCACUCCGAUGAUGGGUCGUUUGGGUGGGCUGACUCCACUGGCACCGGCAUUGUCCGCGAUUCAACUGGCUCAACUCACAUCAUAUCAAUCGCUAUUGAAAGAAGGUCAGACACUGACACCAGACCAAAAUGUCCAAUAUCAACAUUUGCUCGAUCAACAAGCAAAAUUUGAGCAACGUUUGUCUCAACCUGCCGGAUCACUUUUGACACCAACACCAUUCCUUGGACAGUCGUCAGCAUUGCCGACAACUCCUACCACGACUACUACUACCCCAACUCCAACGCCAACUUCAGCCCCAACCACUACUCCAACCCCUACUCCUGCAGUAGUACCAGCAACUCCAACCACUCCAACACAAUCAACACCGACCACCAAUGGUCCAUCUCCAAUGGAAGGUGUCACACCUACUACCCCAACAACAACAACAAGUUCUACAACAGAAAACUCAACAACCACAACUACAACUACUUCUACCACUGCUACCAAUGCUUCAACAGAUACUCCAAUGACUCCAGUCAGUACAACAGAGACAAACACAACUGCAGUGGCCACAGAAGGAGCAACUACCACCAUUUCAUCUACCAACCCACCAACAUUACAAUCAGCAACAUCCCUCGGUGCAUUCCCUUCACUUGGUAGAAGUAUAACUAGUUUCCUGCCACCAUCAAGUUUGGAAACAACAAAGUCAAGACAUACCAACAGAAAGAUAUGUAAAAAAGAUUGUAUAUUUGCUUCCAAACUUAUUGGAUCGCAUGUCAUUCAGAAAUAUGAACUAAAGAGAUUAAGAAAGAGACCAUUUUUCCAAUAA